ACCUAAAUCCUCGGAGUCGGGACGAAGAGCAGAGUAGACACCCGAUACUCUCCCUCGACUGUCGCUCUGCUGCCUUCCCUCGUGAAGAUCCCACUCUUCAGCAUCCCGACACGCAGCGUGCUCCCACCCGGCGAGGCAAAUCAGAUUUUGAUACUGUUAGCCUUCCCGCGGAAUUUCUUUGGAGUGUUGCAUGGUAUAUUUUGUGCAUAAGUGAGAGUCGGAUGAACAUAGGGUAGUGUCGUCCUCUCAUCUUCCCAGGAAGACCCCAUUUCCGAGCUCGAACAGAUCAUGGCAUGGCUAAUGAAACUGGGAAGGAAAGCGUGCCUCUCUUCUUCGACUACCCAUUUUCUGAAGCUACAUUGCAGAGCUUGUCAGCCGUCUCCAUCAGCUAGUCGUUUUUCCUUUUCGAGGGAGCUGUUCGCCAAGAACCAGACUCGCCACUAUAUCUCUCGCAUGCACAAAUCAGCAUUCGAGGACCAUAUCUUGAGAUUACUGCGCUCUGAAAUCCAAUAUGAAAUGGAAGUGGCUCCACCCAAAGAGGCUGUUUCCGUAUUCUCUUCGUUUACUGUAGAGGAUAGGCCUGGGGAGCAAUGGCUUAGGUUGAGGCGCAAGUAUGGUGACAAUGAAGAUAUCAAGAUAGAGGUGACUAUGUUUGAUGGGUUUCAAAGAAGCGGUGACAAGGGAGAGGAUGUUCAAAUGCACAUUAGUUUAAUUGUUGAUGUCUGCAAAGGGGACGACUCUAAUCCUUUGGAGUUCAUUUGUUCUGCAUGGCCCAAUGCUUUGGUUAUAAGGAAGGUUUUCAUGCUCAAACGUCAUAAAAUGCCCCCAAAGCCUUACAUAGGACCUGAUUUUGUUGAGUUGGAUGAUGAACUUCAGGAUGCCCUUCAGGAAUUUUUGGAGGCACGUGGUGUCAACGAUGAGCUUGCCAUUUUCUUGCAUCAAUACAUGAUGAACAAAGAUAAGGCUGAGUACAUCCACUGGAUGGAGAAAGUGAAAUCUUUUGUAGCGAAAUAGGGUUCUUGUUUUCUACCUUCUUUCUGCAUGGUCCUGUAUUUUGGUUGAUUGUUCCUUGAAUUUCUUAUUUACAUGAUUAUACAUGAUCUUCAAGUUAUGUACUAACAUACCGGGAAUAAUAUUCAAGAAAAUAUAAUCUUUGAAA